UUGUGUGUGAAUGGAUGUGAGAGAGAGAGAGAGAGAGAGUUUGUCGUUCAGAGUCACGUUGUCGUUUUCCAGCGUUUGCGUUUUUCAGCACGUGCGCGCUUCGUGCACAUUCUGACAUAUGACCACAUUUGGGACAAAAAGCUUCUGAGAAGAAGAGCUGAUUGAUCAUCGUGGGCUGGAAUCAGUCUGUUAUCGAUCAGCCGGACAUCCACGAGUUUCCAUGGAAACCAUUUUCUUCUUCCUCUCUUCGCUCCUGCUGUGUGUGGUCGCUGUAGCAGACUCCAGUGCACCGCAGGAUGGCAAGAAAAAAGAUGAAAAUCCCUUUGUUUAUGACUAUGAGACCCUGAGGAUCGGAGGUUUAGCUCUUGCUGUGGUGCUGUUCUUACUGGGAAUUCUCCUCAUCCUCAGUCGGCGAUGCCGCUGCAGUAUCAACCAGAAGCCCAGAGCCCCCGGAGAUGAGGAGGCGCAGGAGGAGAACCUGAUUGUCUCUAAGGCUGCGGCGGCUGCCAAAGAGACUCCAACGGAAAUCUAGAGAGCCCCACCCUCUGGACUGGACCGCCCAAUCGAUGCCCGCCAGUUUCAUUUGAUAUUAAGUCACUAUGGUUUACCUGGCUUAUACGACAGGGCUAGAUGUGUUAUAUGUACAUAUAAGGAACGCCGCGGAGACAAACCUUUAGCCCGUUGUGCUCCGUUGUGACGUCCUUCAGUGCUCUCGUCUGUUCCCGUACCUUCCUGUCACAGCUUCUCACUGCCUUCGUGUCACCUGUAGCACCUGUUUUAGAAGUCCAAGAA